AAUUGUGAAUAUAUAUAUUGUUUUAUGAUAAAAAAAUUAAUUCAUCGAGAAGGUAUAGUAUCGAUAACUAUAUAUCGAAAAUAUCGAUAGUCGUCAGUGGUGUCGUCGUGUCUCUCUCCCUCUCUUCACUACGUUGUUUCCAAGCGUUCUAGUAAAGUGUCAUCGAUAACAGACUAAUUUUUAACAAUGGCAGACUCUGAUGAUGAGUAUGAUCGUAAAAGGAGAGACAAAUUUAGAGGUGAAAGAACGGAAUCAUAUUCAAGAGAGGGUAGAAGAGAAGAUCGUCGUCGCGAUGAUUGGGUUGAUAGGAGGAAUCACAAAAAAUCCGUUGUUCGAUCUCCAAAGUCCAAUCCCUUUUCAUCUUCCUCUCCUCCGUAUCCUUCUUCUAUAGGAUCAAUGUUGGUAAAAAGAGAGUGGUCAAGUCGUCCACGUGCGAGACCAGAUUAUCGUGAAUAUCGUGGUGGUGGCGGAGGCGGUGGUCGAGAUCGUUAUAGUCCCGCUCGAUCUCAAGAAAUGGCACCACCAAUGAAAAGAAUGCGCAGUGAUUGGGACGAUAGACCACGAUAUGGUGGACACGAUUAUUACAGCGGUGGUGGAGGCGGAGGUGGCGGUGGAGGAGGUGGUGGUGGCGGCGGCGGUGGUGGAUCUUGGGGUUCAGAUCAUUAUCCUCAACAUCACGGGAAUCAUCACUAUAGCAACCACAGUAACAGCAGCAGUCGUGAAGUUUCAGGGAAUUUUAAUAAUUCCAAUGUUGAAACACAACCACCGAUGAUGACAUUUAAAGCAUUUUUGGGCACUCAAGAAGAUACAAUCACUGACGAAGAAGCAAUUAAACGGUACAAUGAAUAUAAACUAGAAUUCCGACGACAACAAUUGAACGAAUUUUUUGUUGCUCACAAAGACGAAGAAUGGUUCAAGAUAAAAUAUCAUCCAGAGGAGUCUGUUAAAAAAAAAGAUGAACAAUUGUCCACGUUGAAGAAACGUGUGGAUGUCUUUUUGGAUUUACUUGAAAGUGGUAAUAUUGAGAGAAUCUCUGUUGAUAUUGAGCAAUCUGAUCAAAUACUACGUCUUUUGGAUUCUGUCGUUAUAAAAUUGGAAGGAGGAACAGAGGAGGAUUUAAAAAUUUUAGAUGUAAAACCUCCUAAACCUGUGACACAUACAGAACCAAUUGCCGUUUCAAAGAAGGAAGAGGUCAAAGAAAAUAAGGCACCCGUUGAAAAAAAAGUCGAAGAGAGCACGGAGAGUAAGAAAAGUCCUCGCGUUGAAAGUGAAGAAGAUAAACAAAAUGGUGAUGUUGAAAUGAAGGAUUCUAAAAAAGAAACAGAAGAAGAAGAAGAAGAAGAUGUUGAUGAGAAAGAGAAGACCGAAAAAAUGGAAGAUGAAGAUGAAGUACAAAAGGAAGAAAAAUCGGAAAAAAUUGAUACUAUUGAAAAAGAAAAGGACAAAGCUGAAAUUUCUGAAUCUAAUGUCAAAAAACGAAAGCGAAGUAAUAGUAAUAGUAGCAGUAAUAGUAGUUCCAGUUCUUCAGAUAGCGAAGACAAUGAACCGGCAACUGAAUCAAAUGUAGAGACUAAAGGAGAAGAAGAGGAGGAGGAAGAAGAAGAAGAAGAUAAAGAGAAGGACGACGAGGACGAAAAAGAGAAGGUAAAAAAAGAAGAUGAGGAGGAGGACGAUGACGACGAUAAAGAGAAAGAAAAAGAGAAGGAGAAGAAGAAAGAAAAAGAAUCGCCUGUCGAGGAGGAAAACGUAAAUGAGAAAAAAGAAACAUUAGAACCUGAAGCUGUUAUCGAUUUAGCGAGUGAAGAUAAAGAAAAAGAACCUCGAGCACUUCAUAAAACAAGCAGUAUCUUCUUAAGGAAUUUGGCACCUACAAUAACUAAAGCCGAAGUUGAAGCGAUGUGCAAACGAUUCCCUGGAUUCCUGAGAGUUGCAAUAGCAGAUCCUCAACCUGAACGACGUUGGUUCCGUCGUGGAUGGGUUUCAUUUGAACGUCAAGUAAACAUCAAAGAAAUUUGUUGGAGUCUAAAUAAUAUUCGGCUGCGAGACUGCGAAUUAGGUGCAAUAGUAAAUAGAGAUCUCUCUCGACGUGUACGCGCUGUAAAUGGAAUGACAGCACACAAACAAGUAGUCAGAAACGAUAUCAAAUUAAGUGCAAAAAUUGUACAUAAUUUAGAUAGUCGUGUAGGACUUUGGGCUGAUGAAAAGAAAGAUCAUGACAAGGGAGAUGAAAAGAAGGAAACAAAGACAACUGAUCAAAUGGCAAUGGAAAUUGAACAAGCUUCUUUUGGAUUGUCAUCGAAAAAUCCUGUAUUGAAAAAUAUAACCGAUUAUCUAAUUGAAGAAGCAUCAGCUGAAGAAGAAGAAUUAUUGGGAAUGUCUGGUGAUCAUGAAGAAGGACAACUUGGUGGCGAUUCUGAUGGAUUAAUUGAAAGAGAUCCAAUAUUAAUAAAAGUUUUGGAUAGAUUAAUUUUAUAUUUGAGAGUUGUACAUUCCGUUGAUUAUUAUAAUCAUUGUGAAUAUCCAAAUGAAGACGAGAUGCCAAAUAGGUGUGGAAUAAUGCAUGUCAGAGGACAACCACCAUCAUCAAAAGUUUCAUGCACUGAAUUAUCAGAAUAUUCACGUAAUUUUGAAACAAAAAUGUCAGCUUUCCUUGCUCCAAUGGUUGCCGUUACUGCCGAUGAUUUUGAUAAAUUAGGAGCCAAAGAUGCCGAAGCCGAGGUAGAAAAAUUUGUUCAAGCAAACACUCAGGAAUUAUCAAAAGACAAAUGGCUUUGUCCCCUUAGUGGAAAGAAAUUUAAGGGACCUGAUUUUAUACGCAAGCAUAUUUUUAAUAAACAUGCAGAAAAAGUAUCAGAAGUAAAAGCAGAAGCUGAAUAUUUCAACAAUUAUUUAAAAGAUCCAAAGCGUCCUCAACUUUCAGAACAUCCUGGUAAUAAAGCUCCAGCAAGAGAAUCAUCACGAGAUGGAUUUUCCAAUUUCAAUUCUGGUACUACCGGAAUCGUACCACUACCAUUAUCCCGAAAAACAUUUGGAGGUGGAUUUGGAGGUGGUAGUGGAUUCGGAGGAGGCAGAGGUGGAUACGGCGGAAAUUUUGGAAACAGUGGCGGUGGAGGUGGCUUUGGAUUUGGAAUGUCUCGUUCUAAUCGUGGAGGCUUCAAUCGAGGACGAAUUGCUCCUGACUCUACAUCAAGGCCUAUUAUUAAUUAUAAUGACUUGGACCAGCCAGACAUGGAUAUAUUUUAAAUUCAAAAAUUAAUCAGUAUAUUUAAUAAAGUAUUAUUAGAUUCAUAAAAAAAAACAGUGCGCGAGAAAGUAUAGAAAAAAAAAAUUAUAUUAUUUUUUUAAUCUCGAGAUUUUGUCACUUGACUUUAGCUUUUUUUGAUUAACAAAAUCAGAAUUUUGAAGAAUUUUCAUAUUUUCUGAUCAAUGAAAUUAUAAAUAAUUAUAUUUUCUUUUUUAAAAACAGGUACUUACGGAUUAUAAAGAUAACGAAAAUAAUAAGUUAAAAGAAAAAAAGAGAGAAAACUUUCGGGUGAAUUAACUCGACUUUCGCAUCAUAUAAUUACAAAAUGAAAAAAAAAAAAAAAGUUUCUCUAAUAAAUAAUUUACGUUUAUAAUAUAAUUUAAUUUAAAUUAUACGCUAAUUAAAAACGAAAAAAAAAAUCGUACGGCGUUGUACAUAGAGAGAAACAGCCGGUUAGUAAGGGGAACAAAUAAACGUGUUUGUUGCUAA